AUGGCUCCAGGAAGUGUCAUCAGUAUUUCUUCCUCCUCCUCUAGGGACACAUCACCUUCUGGGUCAUGUGAGCUCCCUGGGGCUAACAAGCCAGGUCUGAGUUCCAGCAGAAUCCGAGUAGGCCAACGAAACCCGCCAAUGCUACGCAUGGUGCUGGAGGCUCUGCAGGCCAGGGAGAAGCGCCAGGGCACAUCGGUCGUAGCCAUCAAGGUCUAUAUUCAACAGAAGUACCCAACGGUGGACGCCACCCGCUUCAAGUACCUGUUGAAACAGGCCCUGGACACCGGCAUGCGUCGAGGCCUCUUCACCAGGCCUGCCAACUCCAAGGCCAGGGGUGCUACUGGCAGCUUCAAACUAGUUCCAAAGCAGAAGAAAAAGAGAACCUGUACCCCAACAGCCCGCAGGGGUGCCACAGAUGCUAAGGGGACUGGCCCCAAGAAACCCGCGGAGCUGAAGAAAGACCAUGUCGGCAAGGCCAAGAUGGAGAAAGUGGUUCUGAAACCAGGACAGAAGAGGAAGGCUUGUCCCUGCUCAUCAGCCGUCUUGGAGAUGGCGCCUAAGAAAGCCAGCAGGGCCACUCUAAAACCAGGCAAAGCCACAGGAGCCCCUCCCAUUGCCAACAUGGGUCAGAAGGUCAACGGCCGUGGGAGCAAGCAAGAAGCAGAGGCCUGUGGGAAAACCAAAGAUGUGUGUGAGAAAUCAAAGCCCUCAUCCAGCAAGGUAAAGAAUAGUGUUGCUUCCCUCACCAAAAGGAAGCCAGUAGCCAUGGCCCACCCUGAGGCAGUUGCUGAGGGGGCUAAGACGGCACACAAGACCAAGGCGCCCACUCCUUCCCAGGACCUGGGACACAAAUCACAACCUGUACAUAGGGCCAGGAAGACAAAGACCCCCGAGAACCCUAAAAAGCCUGGGCUAUCUCCCAAGACCUCAUCCAAGGCUCCCAGCAAGAAGGCUGAGGCUAGUAGCUAG